CGCCAUCGUUUGGCUGUGUAGAGGAACCCGAACCCUAAUUCCAGCCCUAACCAAAACGCACUCUCUGCCUCUCUCACACUCAGCCACUGUCCAGAGCUCCUCUGAGCUCCUGCUCCUCCCUCACUUCCGUCCAGCCAUCCCCUGCUACCGUCGCCGUCGCAACUUCUAACUUCAAACAGCCACCGUCGCAACCUUCCAACUUCGAACAGCCACCGCCUGCUCCCUCACUUCUCCUCCAUCGCGCAGCAAACGUCGAAACUUCCUUCCCUCCAUCGCGCAGCCACUGUCCCGCCGCGCCAGCUCUGUUCCACUGCGUUCCUGUCCCUUCAGCGGUGUCAGCUCUGUUCCAUCGCGCAGCCCUUCCCUCGAAGGUUUUUUUUUUUUGUAACUGUAAUUGUGGUUUUAGUUUGUUAGUUAAUCAUUUAAUCUGUGAUUUAAUUCUGAUAUUCUUGAUUCAACCUUGCUACUGUUAAUUUUUUUUAUUGUGUAUCACUGUGUCUAAUUAUCUAUGUUGAGAUUAAUGGGUUGUUGUAAGCCUACAAUAUUGUUAUUGAAAACAUUGCAAACAUUGAAAACAUUGCUGAUGGGCAAUAUCAUGUGCAAACAUUGUACGCACCGGUCGGUGUUGCUGGUCAGAUCAUUCCCUGGAAUUUCUCUCUUCUCAUGUUUGCUUGGAAGGUUGGACCGGCAUUGGCCUGUGGCAAUACUAUUGUUCUCAAAACCGCUGAGCAGACACCAUUGUCUGCUUUGUACGCAGCAAAACUAUUUCAUGAGGUGGACAUAUUCUCUGUUAAUGGAAUCAUGCUCAUUUACUGGUUUGGAGGAUAUAAAGAGACAUAGUUUAAAUUGAAAUAGCUUUGAUGAUCAAUCUUUCUUCCGAAUUUAUAAUCUGCUUAGCAGGCUGGACUUCCUCAAGGUGUUUUGAAUGUGGUAUCAGCCUUUGGUCCCACUGCUGGCGCUGCUCUUAAAGGAGAUAAAGUGAAAAAUGGGGCUUUGAGUGGGUUGAGUAAUGUCAAGCUAGAGUCGAAGAAACACGGUUAAUUCAGUGGGAUGGAGCAGAUAUGGCAAAGGAAGUAAAGCAUUAGAGAAGUAUGAUGGGUGCACUAGAUAUCUUUCUAUGCUCAAGAGGUUUUGCUGGAAUUCACUGAUUUUUAUUUUUCGGAUAGGAAGAAUUCACUGCUUGAUUAACUCCUAUUUGCUAUUGUGUACAAUUUAGCAGGUUUUGUUAUGAGCAUUCUAUAAUUGUGUUCUCUUCUGUUGGUCAUUUUAUCACUUGCUAAUCCAAAUAUCCUAUACUUGAGCUUAAACAAGUGUCUUCACUCUUCAGUCCAUAUAUUCUUUUAACUUAAAUGCUUAUGAAUGAAAUGAUAGUAGAGUCCCAAUAACACACACUUGAUUAUGCUGAUUUCACUUCGACCAUUCCAGAUAUUUUGCUCUUCGGCGCAGCACUGCUCCUUUGUGUGCUUCUUCCAUGAAAGAUCUUGUUACUGUAUUUGUAGACUAGGAAGGUUCUGUUUUUAAUACUUUGCUGUUUUUUGUCUCAAUGGUGGGCACACUACUUUUUGAGAGUUGAUUAAUUGAUUACAUUUAAUUAAUUUACACGUGAAUUUUAUGUCUUUAAUUAAUAUGCUUUGGUGUUAGCGUUUUGCAAGCAUGUUAUUGGUUAUUAUAAUUUCUGGUUCAAAUUGUUUUACAUUUUGUAUUUGAAAAUUUAGAUGUAUUUUCUUGUGUAUGCAUGCAAAUUUCUGCCAUGAAUUCCAUUGCAUUGUUUGAAACUGAUUUUUCUAUUGAUGUUAAGCUUGGAGAUAGAAUUUUUUGGUUAUAUUUUUCUAUUAAUGUUUAACAUUGUUUGAAACUCUGACUUUCAUAAUUAUAUUUUAUGGCUUCUUAUUCAGAAUGAGGUAGCCGAUUGUGAUGUACCCAUGUCAGAGUUUGCAGAGCAUUUGAUAUGAAGAGGGUAUGGCUUUCUAAGAAGUUCUCCUACAUUUAUGAAUCUGGUCCUUCUACCAACCUCGCCUUCUUUAUGCAAUCUCUGUAUGCCCAAUAUAUAGUAACUGAUUGGCUUGGUUCGAACAGGAUUCUUCUGCCUAAAUCUGUACUUAAGAAGAACACACAGACACUCCCGUGUCUGACGACAGUAGUUGGACGGAACAAGCUUUGGAAGUGUCAAAAUGUACAAAAUACAUAAUGUUUUGGUGGUCAUCCGGCCCUUUCACAAGCAGUGCACUUGGUCACAUAAGAAAAUUCUGCCUUUCAAGAGGCUUAAUCUUUGAGAGCUGGGUACAUGUAUCUGAUUCAAAACCCCACAAAUUGAGGCCCUAAUUUUGACCAUUACCUGAAAAUUGAGAAGCAAACUGGAGGCUUUACUUGGGUUGCUGGCCACAGAACAAUGACUUUUAUUCACCAAGUAAGUUCCAAACCGUUCAAUCUCUUCACUAGGAUUAAUUUUUCCAGACACCACUUUCAACAUUUACGGCUUCUUCAUACACAAGCCGUGUCAAAGCAUAAUAAUGAUGAUGUUACUGCAAUAUGCAACUCAUUCAGAAGGGGUUGGAACUGGGAUACUAUAAGCAUCAAAUUUGGUACGUUUAUGUUGAAUCACUUGAUGGUUGAGCGAGUGCUCCUGGAAUUGAAGGACCCCAGUGAUGCAAAGUGUGCCUUGGGUUUCUUUCAUUGGUCCACAAAGAGGAGAAAUAUUGAACAUGGAAUUCGGUGUUACUGCAUAGCAAUCCAUAUCUUGGUUGGAGCUAGGUUGCUUAACGAUGCUUGUGCAUUGCUUGAAUCAUUGUUGAACAAAACCAAGGAAAGCAGCUCAAGGGUUAUGGUCGCAGAUACACUUCUUGGCUGCUACCUGGUUACUGAUUCACAUCCUAUUGUAUUUGAUUUGCUGAUACAGGCCUACGCUAAGCUAAGGCUGACUGAUGUUGCUUUUGAGGUUUGCCUAUAUGUGGAGAAACAUGGAUUCUCCAUCAGCCUCGUAAGUUUCAACACUUUGCUUCAUGUCGCGCAAAAAUCAGAUCAAUUUGGUCUAAUUUGGGAUGUUUAUGAGCACAUGAUUCAAGAACGGACAUACCCUAAUCUAGCAACUUUGAGGAUCAUGAUCAAUGCACUGUGCAAGGAUGGGCAGCUGCAGAAAAUUGUGGAUGCAUUAGAUAGGAUUAUGGGGAAGUGGAAUUCUAGUCCUUCAGUGAUUGUAAAUUCUAGCUUAAUUUUCAGAGUCUUAGAGCAGGGGAAAAUGGAAGAAAGCAUGGUAGUUGUGUUGUUGAAAAGGUUGUUACAGAAGAAUUUGAUUCCUCACUCAGUUGCUUAUUCUCUGAUUAUUCAUGCUAGGAUUAGGUUGGGAAGUUUGGAUUCCGGAUGGGAGAUGUAUGAAGAGAUGGAGAGAAGAGGUUUCCAAGCAAACUCUUUUAUAUAUACAUCAUUUAUAGGAGCAUACUGUAGAGAGGGCCGAAUUGAACAAGCGAAUGUUUUGAUGCAAGCAAUGGAAGAAAGAGGCUUGAAACCAUAUGGUGAGACUUUUGAUCAUCUUAUAAUUGGAUAUGCUAAUUUGGAGCAGUUGGAGGGGUGUUUGAGUGCUUGCGAUAAAAUGUUGAGUAUUGGGCUUAUUCCUAGUUGUUUAUCGUUUAACACGAUGGUAGAAAAGCUCUGCGCAAAGGGGCAUGUGGAGCAAGCUAACUCCAGGUUGACUUUAUUGUUAGAUAAGGGAUUCUCACCAAGUGAUAUCACGUACACUCAUCUAAUAGAGGGUUAUGCCAAGAAGGACGAGAUUCAGGAAGUUUUAAAGUUAUAUUAUGAGAUGGAGUACAGGUCUAUGUCUCCUGGAUUAUCUGUCUUUACAUCAAUAAUUCAGUGUUUAUGUCAUUGUGGAAAGCUCGAAGAUGCGGAUAAAUAUCUAUGGAUUAUGAAGGGUCAGCCGCUAACCCCGUCUGUUACUAUAUACAAGACGUUGAUUGCUGGCUAUAGGCAGAAGGGUUACAGCAUAAGGGCCCUCCAUCUUCAGAACGAAAUGGAUUCUUUAGUAAUACAUAAGUGAAGGUUAUCCUUUUAGAAGCUAGUUCACUUUUCUUUUUCGUAGAGUGCUAGGGGGCUAGCAACUUUUAUGAUUUGUAGCUAUUAAGCUAUCAAUGAUGAUUUUAAUGGUGUGAGAUUGGUGUGAGAUUUUAUCCAAUAGCUCACUUUUCUUUGCUAGUUACAUGCCAUAAUUUAAUAAAGUUGUUGU